UUAGAAGGAGUUUGCAGAAAGGUUUCACCUGAACCUUUAACAAGAAGUGCGGAAUAAAAUAACCGUUUUGUGUGUUUGUGUGCACAUUGAAGGCGGAGUGAGUGAGUGAUUGAGCAUUUGUAACUGCAACUUGGUGCCAUUUGUGCAGAGCGGAAGUUUGAAAGUUGGUGUAAAGAAAAGCCACGUGAAAAGCAACGUCUGGGCAAACACCCCCCCCCAGACAGUGUCAGUGAGUGUGAGACAAACGGAAAGCAAAAGACGUGAAAAAUCAAAUCAACCAGCCAGCCAGACAACAAAGAGGGUUGUUUGUGUUUUGGGAAGGUGGAGAAAAAUCACAAACAGUGUAAAAAGCAAUCCGUGUGAGCUUUUAUCACAUGCAAAGUGCGGCGAAGUGAAGUCUUGACAGUCAUCUUUAGGGCCAAUAUCGAAUAGGCCCGGAAAAGUGUGCAAGUGUUUGAGUUUGAAAAAAGGGUCAAAUCCAAAAAAAAAACAGUGCAAUGGAAAACACAGCGGCGGUGUUACUAUCACCACCGGCAACGCCACCAUUGCAGGAUACCAGCCAGCAGCAGGACCAGCAACAGCAACAGCAGCAGCAGGAUGAUCUUGUGAAGACUACCAAUGCCAUUCGUCAGGCCCUGAAGCGGAAGCUGGCAGAAAGCACGGCAGAAAAGGCAGCCCCAUCAGCGGCCGGAGGUUCGUCGCCACCGUCAUCCAGUGGCAGCUUCGUCACACCGAAUCAUUCGGACGCGUCCGAAGAUGAGUCCGAUCUGCCGCCCCGCAAACGGCAGUACGUGCGCAACCCGGACCAGCUGGAAUCACACGCCGCCCUGCAAAAGCAACUGCACCAGCUGCAUCACAAGCAGGAACAGCGACAGCAGCAGCAGCAGCAACAGCAGCUUCUCAACGGUUCCGGUGCCCCAACGCCACCGCCGUCGGAGUUUUCCGGCUCGGAGGACGAAACUACCAAGUCCGGCUCGGACGAGGAGCGCUGCUACUUCCAGGGUGGUGCGCCCCCGCGCGAAAGCGUCAUCAUGCGCAUCAACAAGGACGGUUCGUGCACGAAGACGCCCGCAUCCGGAGAGGAGUCGGCCUGUGCCGGAGCGCUCAACAUAUUCCGCAGCUACAAGUUCAAGAUGGGGCCGCGAAUGUCGCCUCCGCCACCGACCACAGUAUCUCCGCCGCCGGCAUCCAGCAUCUCCUCCUCUUCGUCCUUCUCACCCGCGGACACCAGUGCCAGUGAAAGCCGAAUGGUGCAAGAUCUGUCCACCAGCAUCAGCAAGUCGCCGGCUCCAGUAUUCCCGCCCAGCAGUUCCAACAGCGCCGGCAAGCGCAAGAAGAAGGAACCCACCAGCGCCGCAUUCAGCCAACCGAUCCUGCCGAAGGCGGUGCUGCCCUCAACCCCCAUCCACCCCACCACCACCCUUCCUGUGAUAGCGCCCAAGCUUACCGCCAGUACCGCGCCCGCACCCGCCCAAUUCAUCCUGGCCACCCAGAACGGGUACAUCAUCGUGCCGCAGCAAAUGUCGCACAACCUGCUCGCUGUCUCUACGGCUACCGUCCCCAUCCCGCCCAAAUCCACACCGGCGGUCGGAAAGGAGGACGGCAAAGCCGCCGAGCAGCAGCAGCAGCAACAGCGUGCAGCUGGCCCGACCGCGGCCAAACCGGAACGCCGCCGCAUCUACGAGUGCGACCAUCCGAACUGUGGCAAGAACUACUUCAAGUCGAGCCACCUGAAGGCGCACCAGCGCAUCCACACCGGCGAGCGACCGUUCAACUGCAAGUGGCCCGACUGUGGCCGCCGGUUCAGCCGCUCGGACGAGCUGUCGCGCCACAAGCGCACGCACACGGGCGAGAAGAAGUUCGUCUGUCACGUGUGCGAGCGACGGUUCAUGCGUAGUGACCAUCUGUCGAAGCACGUCAAACGGCACAACAAGGACACGAGCGGCAAGGUGACGUCAUCCGCUGGCCAGUCCGGUGGACGUCGGGCGGCUGCGAAUGCACCGACGACGACGACGACGACCGCCAUCCUUCCGGCGGAGGGUGCGGCUGCGCGAACGGGUGGUGCCGCCCUGUACCACCAUCAUCAUCCACAGCUGGCGGCCGUGUUUCAACCAGCGGCUCACCAGUUUGCCACCACCGUACAGCAAGCCUCGGUGUACUAAAGAGCGCGGUGACGGCGGUUGAGGAACGCACCUCGGCUCAGCUUACUUGUGUCAUAUGGACAGUCUCGCGGUGGGGCUGCCAACCAUUCCAGCUAUCUGAGGGGGAGAGGGGAAGGGUCAAAGAAUGAGAGAGAGUGAGAGAGAGAUUGAGCUUAGAGAGAGAGAGUGAGAGAGAGAGGGCAACGUGCGUUGGCGCCGUCAGCGGGACGGGAUCCGUUUCAUGAAUUUUCCUCCUUCUCCAGUUAGGUUUAAACAAUUCUUGCGCGUGUGGGCGUCCCCCGGGAAGCGCCCUUUGCGCCCCACUAUCUGUGAUCGUUUUGUCUUACUAAACUACCAGACUACAAACUCUACGAACUACAAACAAGCAAACUACAAAAAAACACGCAAGGCAAGGCUAAGCCUAAUCCCUUCUCACCCUUCUUAGCAUACCCGGCUUAGCGUUGUAACUCUCUCUUAUCCUUGUCACACAAUCACUACUAUAUCUAGAUAUACUCUAGCAGUAAGGGAAGGGAGCUAGCAAGCCAGGGCUAAGGGAGAACAGUACUAGGAGAAACAGAAAAGAAGACUCACCGCUUGGUUCUACUGUCUGUUGUAAGAUACGUUUAGUGUUUUGUUUUUGUUUUUUUCUAUUAUUUUGUUUAAUAUUUGUUCCAUGUGUUUUGUGAUGAUUAGCACCUACCUGUUAGCACGCACGUGAUGCAUGUUGUAUCUCCCAUGUUUGGAACUACGAGGAAAAAUCGCGAAAGCGUAGCGCAUUACAACUUAGUGUAGCGGGGAGCUGGGUAGAGCGCCAGUAGGACUUAUUUCCUUCGUUUUGUUCCAUAAUAAUGUGUUUCGUUAAUUUAUUUUAGCCCUUAAUAAUCGUUUCUAGCAGUGUAAACACCGAACAGAAAUGCCACAGUAAGACAGGAAAUGCAUUGUUAACAAACAGAGAGAGAGAGUGACAGACAGAAGUGCGAUGCAAAGCGAGAGACGAAGAGUGAGAAAGAGAAUGACGAUCAAUUGAAGAAGAAAAAAAGAGGAGAAAGCUGAAAAUGUGUUAAAUAAUUAGUAGUACCAUAUUACUAUUAUCUUGUAUCUAUACACACACACACUCUCACAUACUGAAUAAUGCCAAAACAAGAUGGUUAAUGUUGGAUAUGCAAAAGAAACAUGAAACAAAUCAAAUGCAAUUGCAAACAUCUACAUACAAAAGAAACAAACAAAUCAGUAAUAUACAUUCUUCUGAAUUGCUCUAAAAUGAA